AUGAGGGACGACCAGCCUCCACCAUCGCCAGCAGAUGCGAGGACUCCACCGUCGCCAGCUAUGACACGCGGCCGCCACCGUCACCACUCGCAACCUUCGAGACUCGACCAUCACCGUUCAUCCCAGCACAAUCUGCCUCUACCAUCGCCGCUCGCCGUUGCCACCGAAAUUGCUCCACUGAUGCGGCCUUCCAGCUCCAACCAGGAGACCGUGUGA